CCCUCCCCCUCCCACCCACAAUCUCCUCUCUGAACACCAUGUCCCGCCCAGUCCCAGUUGCGCUCAUCGGCGUCGGCGGCGUCGGCAAGGCCAUCCUGCAGCAGCUGCUCGCGCCGCCCCUCGCGGCCAAGUUCAACCUGAUCCUGAUCGCCAACUCGCGCAAGGCGCUCUCGCUCCCCCUGCCGACCAACGCGCCCGUCACGCCGGCAAACUUCCUCCCCAUCCUCGAGGAGCACGGCGCGCCGCUCGACGUGCCGUCCGUCAUCUCGCUGCUCGCGUCGCACCCCGACGGCCCGGGCAUCUUCAUCGACUCGACCGGCGCCGAGGCCGUCCCCGCCCUGUACCCCACCGUGCUCGGCCACGGCGUGCACGUCGUCACCCCCAACAAGAAGGGCACGUCGGGCGACCUCGCGCUCUACAAGGCUAUCGAGGACGCCUCCUACCCCAACACCCGCGCGCUCAUCUACGGCGAGAGCACGGUCGGCGCUGGUCUGCCCAUCCUGUCCUCGCUCAAGGACCUCGUCGGCACCGGCGACGAGAUCGAGAAGAUUGAGGGUGUCUUCUCCGGCACGCUCUCGUACAUCUUCAACGAGUACUCCAAGGUCGAGGGCGGCGACGUCGCCUUCUCCGAGGUGGUCAAGAUUGCCAAGGACAAGGGCUACACCGAGCCCGACCCGCGCGACGACCUGUCGGGCGCCGACGUCGCGCGCAAGCUCACCAUCCUGUCGCGUCUUGUCCCCACCGCGCCCGAGCUGCCCAAGGGCUACGCGAGCGUUCCCACCCAGUCGCUUGUCCCCCCUGUGCUCGAGAACGCGUCCACCAAGGAGGAGUACCUCGAGCGCCUGGCCGAGGGCGACAGCUACUUUGCCAACCUCCGCGAGGAGGCCCGCAAGGAGGGCAAGGUCGUCCGCUACGUCGGUGUCAUCGACAUUGCCAACAACAAGGUCGAGUGCAAGCUCGGCAAGUACGACUUUGACCACGCGUUCGCGACCGCCCUCAAGGGCUCGGACAACAUCAUCUCGUUCCACACCAAGCGCUACUCGCCCCGCCCGCUUAUCAUCCAGGGCGCCGGUGCCGGUGCCGACGUCACCGCGAUGGGCUGCACUUCCGACCUCCUCAAGAUCUACGAGCGCAUCCGCCUCUAAGCGCACACGUCGUUCUAGAAGCCAUCUCGAAGCCAAGAAAAGGGCACACGCCCCACCCCACGCCCGUCUAGCAU